AUGAGGGCUUUCAUGCCAGGGAUGUAUAGCCCCCUUGAAGGUCUUACGGGUCUAAUGGGAGAAAAAAAUGUAAGGGUUUCUCUCUAUCCUCUUCACUCUGAGAUAGAAGCCUUACUUUGGGCGAUGGAAUGUGUGCGUAAUUUGCGUCAGUUUCAUGUCACGUUUGCAACAGAUUGCUCACAACUGGUAAAGAUGGUGUUGAAACCAGAUGAAUGGCCUGCGUUUGCUACUUAUUUGGCAGAUAUAAAAACCUUGAAAGAAUCCUUUCAUAGCUUAGAGAUCAUCCAUGUACCUUGCACACAUAAUUUGAAGGCCGAUAGCUUAGCACGCAGUGCUAGGAAACAUAUGUCUUUUGUUGUGUACAUAGUUGCAAAGCUACCAGUUUGGUUUACAGAGUCCGAUUGA